GGCGCCCUUCCUGCAUGCGAGGGCGGAGCCGCGGGGCGCCGGACGGCAAGAUGGCGGACCUGGAGGAGCAGCUCUCAGAUGAAGAGAAGGUGCGUAUAGCAGCAAAAUUCAUAAUUCAUGCUCCUCCUGGGGAAUUCAAUGAGGUUUUCAAUGAUGUUCGGUUGCUGCUUAAUAAUGACAAUCUUCUCAGGGAAGGAGCAGCCCAUGCAUUUGCACAGUACAACUUGGACCAGUUUACUCCAGUAAAAAUUGACGGUUACGAUGAACAGGUUUUGAUAACAGAACAUGGUGACUUGGGAAAUGGAAAAUUUUUGGAUCCCAAGAACAAGAUUUCUUUUAAAUUUGAUCACUUAAGAAAGGAGGCUACUGAUCCUAGGCCCCAUGAAGUUGAAAAUGCCAUAGAGUCCUGGAGAAAUUCAGUUGAAACAGCAAUGAAGGCGUAUGUGAAAGAACACUACCCAAAUGGUGUAUGCACAGUGUAUGGUAAAACAAUUGAUGGACAGCAAACCAUUAUUGCAUGCAUAGAGAGCCAUCAGUUCCAAGCAAAAAAUUUUUGGAAUGGCCGCUGGAGAUCAGAAUGGAAGUUUACAAUCUCCCCUUCAACCACUCAAGUGGCUGGCAUCUUGAAAAUUCAGGUUCACUAUUACGAAGAUGGUAAUGUUCAGCUUGUGAGCCAUAAAGACAUACAGGAUUCGCUAACAGUGUCUAAUGAAGCCCAGACGGCGAAGGAAUUUAUAAAAAUUGUGGAGGCUGCGGAAAAUGAGUAUCAGACUGCAAUCAGUGAGAAUUACCAGACUAUGUCGGACACUACGUUCAAGGCCUUACGUCGGCAGUUGCCAGUUACCCGCACCAAGAUUGACUGGAACAAGAUUCUUAGCUAUAAGAUUGGAAAAGAGAUGCAGAAUGCUUAAAAUGAACGUUGCAUGACUGGAUCAUUUUAGUGUCCUUGUAUAAAAAUUAAAAAAAAAAAAAUACAAAAGGUAUUUGGAACUGUCAAAUCACCCAGUCAGCAUGGGCUUUUGCCAUGAAAAUCACUGUAAGUAGUUUGGUUAGAGCACAAAGCUUAGCUAAUUGAUCUUUUUUUUUCCUUUUUCUUUCUCUUCAAAGGGUUGCAACUUCAGUAUAGCUGAGUAUUUUCCUUUAAAGUUUCUGUUAUACCUUUAUUUUUUUAUAAUGAAGAAACCAUGCCUUUAGUUUCCCAUUACAAGUUAAGAACAGUUUGAAAAUAAUUUUGCAUACGAUAACCCUUUCUCUUGCUUUCAUGUGAAAUGGACAACUUCCAAAAUGUGCUGGAUUCCUUGUGGAGAUCACUAGUGUGCAUUUCUAGGUCAAGGUCAACAUGGAGUUAGCAAUAGGUGCUGUUGUUGAAAUCAUGUACCCUUCCACCGUAUGUCAUCUUGGGGAAAGCAUUUUCUAUCUUGUUUAAAUCUUUGAGAAUACUUAUUUAGUGUUAACAAAACUUUUUUUUAAGAAAAGGCCAAGGUCUAAUGCUGUUUUAAGGUUUUGAAAUUAAAGUACUUACUCCAAGAAUCCCCUUAAUGCUUUGUUCCUGACAGUUACUUAAAUACAGUUACUUAAAUGAGCUUAAAUUCCAUCUGCCCUUAAGUUUUUGUCAUAAAGCCACAAAUGUAUUAUAACAAGGCAUAUUGUAAUAUAUAUACAACCCUGUACUCAUUACCAUGUCUGUCAUUUUUUUCCUUGGAUUGAAAUGUACUAAAAUUCAAUGUGACAUUAAAAUGCAAAUUUUCUAUUUACUUGAGUAUCAAAUUGUUUCCUGACACAGCCUAUUUUUGGUAUUUAUUUUUAGAGUGUUGCUUAAAACAGCCACAAACUUGUGGCCUGUUGGCUAUUUCCAGUGUAUUUGGAGAUUUAUUGUAGUAUUGUCAUCAUUCAUGGUUUCCACCCACAUUUAAGAAGCAUCUGCCUAUGGAACUCUUUUUGAAAUGUGUAUCUUAUAGCUUCAUAUGGAAGAAACUGCAGAUAAAAAUAACAAAAAAAAAUUUCUGGAGAAUACUUUCCCCAUCUGAUAGAUCUGGAAAUGAAUUUUAAAAGAAAAGGCAAAAUUUGUUACAAAUGAUGUAUUUCACUUCAGUGAAUACGUGGAUUUCAUUUUUAGUUGGAUGACAGCCCGUUCCAAAAGAUGCCAUGCAAUUCUAUGCUCACGAUGGAAAAACAAACAGCUUCUUUUUUCUAGAAGUUAGUUAUGCAGACUCCAAAAAGUGAAGCUUACACAAGGGUUAUAUUUUUGUUUACAGCAUGGUCCUGUUAAUCACCUUAAACAGUAAGUUACAGCAUGGCAAGAGAGAGAAUUUAAUCUUGUAGUGAGCAUAAAAAUGUACACAAAAGGUGGGUUAUAUUUGGAUUGGAAUAGCAAUGCCCCUGUAUGCUGUUCGUCAGUGUUUUCUUUUAAAGGGGUGUGGAGCUGACUGAAGUUCUUGAAAUUGCUGCUACUUUACAGUACUAAACUGUCCAAUAGAAGAAUGAGCUUUGUUCUACAGCAGCCUUCCUGAAGAAUUGCCCUCUUAAUUGUCUUUAUAGAUCAAUUGUCUUUAUAGAUCAGCUCUUGAACCAUCUUGUUCUUCUUAUUUAAAAGAAAGCUUGUAAAAGUUGUACAUGAGCUGAUGACACAUCCAAAGUUGCAGUCUAGUCAGUCUGUCCAUGUUCCUUAAGAUCUAAAUACAAGGCUUGCUACAGUAUUCUCUUCUGCAUACUUAAGAAGAAUAAAAGGCAGUGAAGGGACAGUUAGAAGAACUGUCCAUGGGCAGCAAUGGUGCAGAUAAGUACUCUAGCUGUUAGAAUGUUACGUGUGACCAGAAUCAGCGCUGGCUGAAAGUCAGAAUGCUAUUUUUCUUAUCUGAAAUAAAAGGCUAAUUUUAAAUAUAUUCCUAAUAAAGAGGUAUUUUAUUGUGAAGUACUCUGUGGUUGUGCUUUCCUCUCUGUUCGUUUAGUUCCGUGUUAGUCUCAAUUCCUGUCUUCAAAAACUAGCAUCCCUGUAGGAUGUUCAAUUCUACCACAGAUUUGGUUGAAUAAAUUUGUACUUUUUUUCCUCAAUAUGUUUAGUCUGAGAUAGUUCUAUGCCUUGGACAUCAAAUCCAAGUGUCAGUAAAGCAAUUUAGAAGUAAAACAAAUAUUCCAUUACUUUUUCUGGAUAGUACCUUAUGUCAUAUUUGGGAGCAGUGACUCCCCAGAGGAAGCUGACAGGAAUUUAUCAGUUGAGGUAGAUGGCACAUUGUGAGUUCUUAAUUUCUCUCAAAAGUUUUGAAUGUCACUUGCAUUUUCAUUUUACUUUAUUUUCUAACUUGUAUUGUUAAAUUGUAGAACCUUACAACUUACUUGGUGGGCUUUAAGAUAUUUUGUAUAGGUAAAGCACUUUCUGAAAAAUUUUGCUGUGGCAAUUGUGUCAAUGUGAACUAAUACUUGUUUAUAUUCUAUUUUUUAACUAUAAAGACAAGCUUUGUAUUGUGCAGUGUUGGUGUACUAGAUAUUAUAGCUUGUGAUAUGGACUUGUAAAAGGUUUCUGUUUAUGAAAUGUGUUAUAUCUUAUGCAUCUCAGUACCCCCUUCCACUGAGGAUUUUUUUUAACUUAUAUGCUAGUAAAUAAUUGCUCCUUCUGAACACAAGAAACACUAGUUACACUUCUGCUUUCAAAUUCUCCUAAGCAACCCCUUUUUUGUAUGUCUCUGUUCUCACACUGCAAGUAGAAGGAGGCUUUACUAUCACUAAUUUUAGUGACAUCACUUCUGUUUCUUGUGUUUUGCACGCUUUGGCACACUUGAAUUCACUUCCUUUUGGAGAAAUCUGCACUGGAAGGUGUGCUUUGGCUUUGCACCAAACUCCAGCUCCUCACAGGGAUAUGGGGCCAUAGCGUUGGUUUGUCCUUCAGACAACUUGAAGCCACCUGUGUGUUGAGGAUGUCUGCACAAUCACAUUAAAUCUGGCUUUCAAAUUUCCAGACUUAAUACAGUGUAGGUAUAGAGGUUCAGCACCAACAGUUUGAUUUUAUGGAUCCUCUCCUAUCACACUGAGUUACUUGCUGAUGCAGACACAGCUUCUGCCACGUUUGUUUACUGGAAAAACUGAAAUCUUGCAUCCUGUGAACUAGAUUUAGAUUAAACUUUGUUUGCUCAUAA